AACCAUCCGUCCAAUCCACGCAAGACACCACACUGUCAUUACCCCUACGACUCCGUUGGGACCAUCAUCACAUCAUCGCUGCCACUUCGCUGGGCAAGUCGAUCCCAUCCUUUCGGUAGCAAGGCAUCAUCAAACGCAUAAUCACCUUGACCUCCUACUAAUCGUCCACACACAUUCACACACCGCAUACACCCGAUGAGGGUCAGACAUCCUUCGUCGUCGCCCAAUUCUCUUCCUUCUCUCUCAUCGUCGGCUUCCUCUCAAUCGCAAGGAGAGUCUUACAAGGAUUUCGAUAGCGGGAUGGAUAGGACUUCCCCUGCGGACUCCUCUUCCUCAAAGGAGAACAAUGAGGACGCUGUGAGGGCAGCUGUUCAUCGGCUCCAUCAACAGAUCAGGAAGGGGAGCAACGCUCAGAUGUCAAUCACUCCGUCGCCCUCUGCUGCAUACAUCAAUGUAGUCAGGCCCACGGCCGCCCUGCCCGCUAGGAGCGUCGCUAGGCCUAUGGCUUCUCAGUCCGUGGCAGAGCCUGCAUCUCAGAACACUCCUCGCCGCUCUACACAAGCGACGGCGCCUGCUGUAGCAGCAGUGAUGCCUGCACCUACGCCAGGUCCCUCACAACUGCAACCCACACCCACUCAGAGACUGCAGUCCCUACCGUCUGCCCCUCCUGCGCCGUCUGCCGAGCCAUCUCUGUAUGCCGCCGUCUUUGGCCCCCAAGUCGCCAGCAAGCUCCACGAAGCCAUUGCUACCUCGACGCCCAAGACUCCUCCGCAAGACCACAUCAACAGUUUCGCCUUUUCCACCCCACGCCGCAAUGCCUCGUCCGCCAUCACUCCCUCUCCCUCCACUAGUCGCUCACCAUACGGCAGAAAUGGCCUGACAGGUCUAGGCGUCUCGGCCCGUCUGCAUGCCAUUAGCUUACUGCCGCAAUUGGGCUCUCCAGAGAGGGCUAGACGAGGUGGACCCCCUGUUGGCACUGAUCCGCACAAUUCUCCUUCGAGGGCGCAGCUGCAGCGGGAGGAGCUACUGGCCCACGCACAUCCUCACCAGUCUUGGCUGCUCCUGGGUCGAGAUGAACGAAGUCGAAGUCCCUCAUUGGACGCAAGAGAAGGUCAUUCUGGUAGUGCAAAGCGCAGGAGAGUCGACGAGGCCAACUGGUCCAGCAGUGCUCACCAACAGCCCCUGACGCCUUCAAGACAUGGCGUACUCUCCAACGGCCAUCCAGCUACGCCUCUCGCCAAGGACCUCGGCCUCAUGAGCGGCGUUCGGUCCAGACAGCCGUCUCACUCAACGCCUCAUCGUGUGCGCUUUUCCUCGCCUUUGCAAGAGCCAGCUACGAAUGAAGAGACGGAUCGGGUCGCUGGAGUCCUCUAUGCCAUCAGCGAAAGGAACAAGCGGGAGAAGGCCCAAUCCAACGCUACCCUCGGCCCGGCCUUUUCGCCUACUCUUACAGCGACUACGCCGACGAGGAAGCAAGAAGGACGAUUUGCUGACCCGAGCAGUAUCACUCCCAGACGAGCCAGGAUGGCCAACCAUGGUGGAUCUGCGAUCAGGCGGCCCUCGACUCCGCCCAACCAUGACGAAGGCGACGACUCUUCUGCCAAUUUGCUCCUCUUUCUCGCUGGCUCACCCACUGCCCCCGAGAAUAAGCGUCGCAUGCUCGGUGAAGAUUCCAGCAGUGGGCUCACCCCUGGCCACAGUGGAGGGCAUCUAGGAGCAACACCUAGCUUGCUUAGCAGUCUAGAUCGGAAAAGGUCUUCUGCUAGCGCUAGAAAGGCCCUCUUCGAUGACGACGAGGAUGGACUAGCGAGACAUCGACGUCUGCCUGCUCAGAGUGCUGGUAGCCCCACGCCUGAUCGAGGGGCAAGAAUGCUACAGCCUUCUCCCAUCAUUAGCUCUCUACGGGAUUCCAAAGUAUUUGAAAGAGGGACAGGGAGAGGUGAGAGUCGACCAACGUCCGAUUCGCCCAUCACUCCACCACACAGCAAUCGUCUCAAGCCUUCGCAAAUUCCUCUAGCUGGCGAUCAUCUCGAAAGCGGCUCAAGCUCUUCACAGCCCGUAGAAACACCGCCCUACACGCCCUUCAAGCCUUCCCAUCCCAACGAGCAGCUCUCCACCGUCUCGCGAUCUCCUUCUCCCUCCCGUCUCUCCCCCAGUCGAGUCCAAAUGCACACGCACGCCCGUCUCCUCUCCGGGCAACCUCUACCUCCUCCUCGAACCCCCUCUCCAGCACCAAGCGAGAGUGCUCCACGAACCCCCCACACCCCCAACCAACACGCAGCAGGUGGUGCAGGCUCUUUUGCCUACUCUGAAUUCGUCAAUGUCUCUCCUUCGCCCAAGCCAAGGAGUAGAGCGACGAGUGAGAGGGGAGUCUUUGUCGGACGAACACCUAAAUUGGGGAGUACAUUUGGAUCUGGAUCUACCUCUGCCUUUGCCUCGAAUGAGCACGAGGAGGAGAUGCUCCUCACACCUGGACCCUUCUCUGCCGCUACCAACAGCAAUGGCAAUGGCAAUGGCAAUGGCAGUGCGACACGAAGAAGACCUAGCGCAACCGCGACUGGUUCGCCCAGCCUGCCUAUCACACCUUUGCGUUCCACUGGCCGUAGUGGCGAUCCCAAGAGGAGGAGACUGCCCAGCAGUAGCAGUAACAAUGCGCUUGCAGACCAGGUGAUGCACUCCCCUUCUUCUUCCCACCGAGGAGGAGGAGGUGUGGGAGGGGAGCAGCAGAGGAUUCACACACGCAGUCUUGUUGCUCAUGAACCGGAGAGGGGGAGCCCCAAUGUUGGCCUUGGGCUUGACAUGUGAAGAGGGGGACACUGCUUCGCUAGCUACAUACCCACUCCGCCUCAAUUCGAAGCCGCUUGGUCGAUCAGUCAGUCAGUCAGUCAAAGGAGGCUCAGACUCAGUACAUGCGUAGAGGUCUCAUUGCGUUACCAUCUCGCCGACCGGCCCUGCUCUCAAAGCGGGCUCUGUUCCUGGCUGAUGGGUCAUGCCGAAUCCACACACGUAG